AUUUUGAAAUCCAUAAGCAAGCCACACUACAAGUUUGUACCACCAGUUAUCUGGUCGUUGUCUACUGUCUCAGAAACCAAAGCGGGUCUAAUGUACGACCAAGACAGACUGCCUACUACUUGCAAACAAACCAGCUAACCUGUUUGGUGAAGUAGUAAGCAACAUUCAGCCAGUCACCGACCAGCCAUACGGCAGCACCACCAUGGACGACGGCUUGCCAUCAGACGCAGUAGGGAGUCGUGUAUCGUGCGAUGGAGAGCGGGGCACGGUGCGGUUUGUUGGCACCGUACCACCAACUACUGGGCUGUGGCUUGGUGUGGAGUGGGACAACCCUGAGCGAGGUAAACAUGAUGGCACCCAUGAAGGAAUCCACUACUUUACAUGCAGGCACCCAAAGGGGGGUUCCUUUAUACGUCUCAAGAAGGCCAGUUUUGGGGUGGACUAUCUAACAGCCAUCCGAGGACGCUACAAGAAAGAAGUACAGCAGAUUCUGAACGAAGAGAUAACCAUCUCCUCCAAAACAGUGGAGAUGGUUGGCUUUGAGGCUGUCACUGAGAAACAGAAGGAAGAGUUCCUUACCACUGUAGCACUCAGGAUGUGUGAGGUGUCCAAACCUGGUGCGGAUAACGAAAUCCGGAAAGUCACUCCUCAUGUGGUCUCUCUGGACCUGAGUGGAAACCUGCUAUCCCGAUGGGAGGAUGUGGCAGCCAUUACAGAGCAGAUGGAGCCACUGAGAGAGCUAGUACUCAGCCAUAACAGACUGCGUGUGCCUAUCAAACCCAUGGCACUAAAUCAGGCCUUCUCCAGCCUGAAGGUGCUCUCCCUCAAAAAGUGUACCCUCACAUGGCCUCAGCUGUUGGAGUGUGUCCCCAUGUGGCCCCAGCUGGAAGAGUUAUACGUCUCUGAGAACGACAUCACAAAACUCGAGAGUCCAUCACAGCAGGUCCUAGAGUCUCUAACCAUUCUGGAUCUUUCGGACAACCCCUUGGUUGAAGAUAGCCUGCUCAGUAUCAGCCAGCUACCACGACUGGAAAACCUUAACUUAUCCAAGACAGGUCUAUCGACUAUUUGGUUCAAUGAUGCUCAACCUGGUUUCAAGACGGCCAUGUUCCCAGCACUGAAGAUGUUGGCUCUUAAUAAUAACAAUAUAUCAGAUUGGCUGGUGGUGAGUGAGCUGGAAAAGCUGAGCAGCUUGGUGAAGCUGUCGUGCCGGAAUAACCCUCUGCUGAGCAGAGAGAAUAAUCCAGAAACUGCCACUCAGCUUCUUAUUGCCAGAGUGGGCAAGCUGGAGGUCUUGAACAGGAGCCAGAUCACUCUAGAGGAGAGAAGAGGGGCAGAGCUGGACUACUGCAAGAUGUUUGGGCUGGAGUGGCUGGCAUCAGGAGGACACAGAGAUCCUCAGCAGAACCACCCCAGCACAGAGUUCACUGCCCAGCACCCCCGCUAUCUGAUGUUGAUACAGAAAUAUGGAGCUCCGGAGGAAGGAGAGCUCAAAAAGCCGGAGCCUUUUGCGCUGAAAAACCAACUCUUGUCCAUUACAUUCCUUUGUCCAGAAGAUUCAGACAGGAAGCCCAUUGUAAAAAAACUACCAGAUUCUAUGAUCAUCCAGAAGGUGAAAGGCCUGCUGUACAGGCUUCUGAAGAUACCAGGUGUCCAGUUGAAGCUCUCCUACGCUAGCUCAAAGAUGGAGGGAACAGAGAUAGACAUCGACAACGACCUGAAGCCACUGCAGUUCUACUCCAUAGAGGACGGAGACAAGGUACUGGUGCGCUGGUCCUGAGCUUCUCACAGGCGGGGACGCAAGUCAAAGAAGGACGGAAGAUGCGCUGGACUGGGAAGGCAUGGAUUUACUGGUGAAGGCCCGCUUACACCAGAAGAUGUUGUUGACCUGCUUUGUCAGCAAACAUGGCUGACGUUAGGCCACAUUGGUUAGAAGUGGGAUUAGGAGGGGUAUAGUUCAAGGCCUAUAUGGAACUCAUUUAAGGGACUGCAGUUUAUGCAUAGAACUGAUAGGGGAUAUGAAGUUACGCCACUAAAUCAUGUAGUAACGAAGCCUUAAAUUAAAACUACGUAAAAAACAUUUAUUUACGUUUUAUUUCGAACAUGAAAUGCGCCAAUGUAGCAUGGAUCAAUACAGUACAGAACUUGCAAUGUGACAAACUAAUGGUACAUCAUUACUGGGCAGGUGGCUGAAUUAUAAAAUGUGGUUCAAUGUGUUUGUCUUUUAUAUGUAAAACAUUCCAUUCACAUGUUUUCUUAUGAAGAGGAAAAUUUGAAUAUAGUUAAUUUCUGGACAAACUGGAGAGUCAAAGCUACGUUCUUUUAUUAAUGUGACAUCAAUUCAGUUACCUCAAUGGUUGUCAACAUUCAAUUUAACCCUUUUUUGUCACCAGUAGGGGGUAGUUGAUGCUUAGAAAUGUUUUCUACAUUCCAAGACAACUGAGCUCUGUGUCUAAAUCAGUGGUUCCCAACCCUGGUCCUCAGGGCAUUGACUUAAUUUGCUAACAAGAUAAAAAAACUGUAUAAGGUAGACUCCACAAAGAGUAAUAAAGUCCCACCUAAAGUCUACUGGAUGACAA